AGCUGCGGCCGCGCGUGUCGCCUCUUCGUCUGCAGGCCACGCGCGUCCGUUCCUUCGCCCGCCGCAGCGGCUACGCACACGUGGAUCUCAUUGCAGACGAGAGGAGGAGGAACAUAGUGGAUCCUUUGAGGAGCUAGGAAGUUUCAAGAAGACAGAGAGCUUGAGGUGUGACAUGUGGAGGUCGUGUGUCCAUUUUGGAGACCUCCUUCCCGACAUGUGUGAAGGGAACCGGACAUGCAGUUGUUCCACGUCUGCUUGGUGCUCGCCGCCGCCGUCGUCACAACAGUCCAGGAAGAGCCACGGAAUUCCACAGAGGAGCCACAUUCCGACAGAGUCUUCCACAGUCCAUCUCAGGCCGGGUCCGACGACACGAGCACACAAGAACCCUCUGGAUCUGAGUCUGGUCCUGCCACGCCCCUUACCGGGUCUGGGAGCCAUGAUAGCGAAGCUCUCCAACUUCCUGAGGAAGUUGGGAACAAUGGAGCGGAAACAUCUGUCAGCCACCUUCCGGAGACGCUGGUGCUGACCCUAGAAACCCAAACAAAUCCAGGAAUGCCAGAGGGGACGCGUGGAGCUCACACCUCGGGGCGGUCCGCUUUUCCACCCGUGACGUCAGCCCCGACCAGAUGGGCCCGCCUCGCGACCCCUGCCGGUACCACGGACACAAUUUACUUACAGAAGCGCGGUCGGACAUCAUCGAAUGAGAUGUUCAGGAAACACACCCCGGUUCUGGGUUCUACGUGGUCCCGAACAGACUUGUCGCAAAGUACCCCAAAAACCCCACGACUGCCAGAUGGCACAGAGGGGACGGCACGGUUCCCUGGUUCUACUUGGACCACCAGAGAUGCCAGCAUGGUAUCGGGAAGGACCCAGAACUCAUCAGGGUUGGAGGAUGAAACGGGAACGCCCAGACUUUGGUCCCGCACAAGCGCCAAGACGGAUUAUGUGGACGGUAUGGGAACAACCCAGGUCCUUGGAUUGGGGGGAUCCCCGAUAAGAACAAGCACACCCGUUUUUUCGACAUCCUCAAGGGUUCUGGAUUUGUCUGACUCUAAGAACCAAACAGGAACGCCUCCAAAUACGCCCCAAGCUGAAGUCUUGAGGGUUGGGUUCUCUGAGAAUGGGACGGAAAGGUCUGGACUGUCGACCCACGUGAGUACCUUUCUGUCAUCCAGAGAGGUUCCGAGCUCAUCGGUGAGCACAGCGAGUUCUGAAGAUGUUACGGGAAGGUCACGAGAUACAACCCAGGAGGAGGUUCUGGAUUUAGGCCUUUCGCAGGACGUGAUGGCAACGCCAGAAAUCCCGCCUGGUGGAGGCACCAUUUUGCCCUCCAGAGUUCAGACCUUUUCUGGCUCGGAGGCUGCAACAAUCGGACAGCUGAGGGUCUCGAGCGUCGGGGACACCGAGGAUACGACAGGAACACCUGGAGACUUCUUCCACGGCCAAACCGAGACGGCAUCUGCAAGGGUUUUGGGUUUUGGAGGCUCCCGGAACACGGACGACACCCUCUACGCUACACCAACGACGCUAAAGAACCCUGCUGUGUCUCCAUCCCUCCUGGACGUUCUGACCCAGGCCUACCCGACCCCGACCCAGAUCACACAAGAAACGCUGGUGACUGAGGAAAAAAUCGUGACAACUCGGCAGCUGAUCGUGGAAGUCCAGUCUGCUUCGACACCUUUGAGUUCUGCCACGACCCGCGUACCCAAAGUCUACGUGGUGCCGGACCAGGCUGCCACCAUCAGAGUGGAGACUAUCGAGCUACUGCUGCAGAUCAUCGUGGAAGAUUCCAGCUCGGCUUCUGGUCCCGACCUGGAGAAGGAAACCGGUGCUUGGGUGGAACCUUACCUGCGGAAGGCGCCGGGGUUCCGCCGGAUGUUGGCGGCAUGGGGCAGCGGCCGCGCUGUGCAGAUGCUGCUGGAGUUCCACAGCGUGGGCGCUCUGCUCUGGCUCUCGGCCUCCGGCGCCUCCUCGCUCCUGCGCCGGACGGGACUGGACGAGGUGGCACGGCGGGGGAGGAGCUUCAGAGGCUCCGAGGUGGUCAACGUCACACUGGGAGGGCUGCAGGCGGACGUUUGCCAUUGGCUGCUCGGGUGUCCGGCGGGCUUCCGUUGCCUUUCGGGACCCGCUAACAACUACAGCUGCUCCUCCGACUGCCAUUUCGAUUUCUGCCAUCAUCACGGCGUCUGCACGCACCACCCCGGACAACUUCCCGUGUGUCGCUGCCUGGUGGGCGAGGACUUCUGGUUCAUGGGCUCGCGCUGUGACGUCCGGAUGACGCGGGCUCGUCUGGUGUGCACGUGCGCCUCCAUCUUGGUUGUGGCCGUGGCCGUGAUCGGCACGCUGGCCUUCGUGGCCGUCAGACGCUACCGAGCUGCUCUCAUCCAAGCUAAAGUGGACCAGACCCGAAGCAGCUACCGGCGCUUCAACCAUUUCGACGAGCUGUCAUCUCGCUUCUGGCCGCGCUCGGCGUCGGCGCCUUCCGUCGACUCGAUGGACAAUCCGGCGUUCACGCGCUCCGACGAGCUGCUGCACAUGCGAGCUCUGGAUCGGCCGUGCUGCUACCACGAUGACACCUUGUCGCUCGCCUCCGCCUCCGCCUCCUCUGCCUGCACCAGCCGCGCCGCGCCCCUCAACACCAUUUACCCAGACAGCUCUCAGUACGGUUGGUGCGGCAGCGAGCUGAGCACGGGCGACGGCGUUCUGGACUCGGGCAAGGCCAGCGAUUUGUCGGUGUGCAGCUGGCCGGUGGAGCCCAUCCACUGGACGCCCUUCCCGCUGCUGCGGCAGCUGGCCGCCCCCCGGACUCCCCACUCGGUUCGGACGUCCAGGCCGCGCUCGUACUGCGAGGGCAUGGAGCUGGUGGACAUGAACCGCAGCUGGACGGCAUGACCGGACGCAUCCUCGUGGGCCAUCCAAGGCUCUCGGCGCACGUGUGCAUGAGCUGUUGAAAAAUCAAUAAAAACUGCUGUGUGUAAUUGA